AAGCCAUUGUUGUUGUUAUCCACAACACAACACAAGGCGUAGAGUGAUCGUUUCGUGAAUGUGACCGUUCUUCUCAUCUCUCUCAACUCAAUGGCAACCUCUUUCUCUCAAACAACACCACUCCGUUCCAUUUUCCAACCACCCCAAAACAUCUCCAAACCCAUUCUUCUCUCUCUUUCAGAAUCCUCCUCUUACAGCUUCAAACGCUCUUCAACCUAUGUCACUCUUAAGCUCCCUCGAAGCCUCACACUCUCUAAAGGCUUGUCCACUUUGCAAAGAAGAAAGAGAAUUGUGAGGGCUGCUACUAUUGAAGAAAUUGAAGCUGAAAAAUCAGCUAUUGAGACAAAUGUGAAAAGCAGGAUGGAAAGUACUCUUGAAAAUGUUCGGACUAAUUUCGGUUCCAUAAGAACUGGGAGAGCAACCCCUUCUAUGCUUGACAAAAUUGAGGUGGAAUACUAUGGAUCACCAGUUGGUUUGAAGACCAUUGCUCAAAUAAGCACUCCUGAUGCCAGUUCGCUUUUGGUGCAGCCAUAUGACAAAUCAAGCUUGAAGGCAAUUGAGAAAGCCAUAGUUAACUCUGAUGUUGGUAUGACUCCAAAUAAUGAUGGAGAAGUGAUACGGUUGAGUAUCCCUCAGUUGACAUCUGACCGACGAAAGGAACUAACAAAGAUAGUGGCUAAACAAGCUGAAGAAGGGAAGGUGGCGUUGAGGAACAUAAGAAGAGAUGCUUUGAAAGCUUAUGAAAAACUUGAAAAGGAUAAAAAGCUCUCGGAAGAUAAUGUGAAGGAUUUGUCUAGCGACUUGCAGAAGCUGACAGAUGAUUACAUAAAGAAGGUUGAUGCCAUCUACAAACAGAAAGAAAAGGAGUUGCUGACUGUUUGAUCCUUUGGUACAAAAAAGUAAUCUUACUUGAGGUCUAUCUAAAGGAGGUCAAAUUGUGUUUACUUUGCGUAGUUUUUGUUGUUGAUAUAAGCUAAGUUUGAUUAUUGAUGUAUUUGUUUAUUUGUUAUACGGAAGACAACUUUUUCUGUUAAAUAUAAUGCUUUUUCAAAUAGAAAAGGUGAGUUCAUGCAUA